AACGUGGGAGGGAGAAUGCGACAUCUAGUGGCUGAAUGUUAUCAAUAUUAUCAAUAGCACCUUUAAGCCUCAGGAAACCCAGUGUAAAUAACCACACAGACAUGGACGUGGUGUCACCAAACAAAUUGUCAACGUUGAGUACUUUGACAUUUACUUUCUGCGGUUUGUUCAACAGCAGUUUGGAUUUGCAUAAAUUUAAUCUCAUAUCGAGUAUACUGAUGCAUUAAAGAUACAUUUUUCAUGACCCACAUCCCUGAAUUAAAUAUUCGUCUGUAAACUAGCAGCAAGCUGAAGCCUGGUUGUUGCAUGUGUCAAAAUCACAGCGCUGAAUUUUUCAAAUCUCUAGAGGACGGGUCAUAGAGAUGCCAGUGGUAACAAGCUUUCUCCGAUAAACACUUGAAAUUGUUACAACAUGGAUAAGUUGCAUUGUAAAGUGCCAACAGAAAUCUAUUUAUUCUUCACAUGGGAAAUGCUGCCUCCUUACUCUGACAAACCCAGUCAAUAUCUUUGCAGCCACCAAUUUACAGUUACAUUUUUUCUUGUUGUGCACAACGAGUCUGCAGAGAGACAUACAGCUUGUGCAGCUCCGUAACAACCAAUACCAGGCAGGAAUAAAUUAACAGCCACGUAUAACGAGAGACAGCGUGUGCUAGAUAGUUCAGCAGAAGUCACAUUGUGUGCUCGUAGCAUGAAAGCACGUUUAGUGUGUGGGAUAUUCCCUCCCCUGUGUGUUCAAUAACUGUUGCCUUUUAAGUUUGAGUGAUUCAGCCUGAACACCUGAAAAAAGUCGAUGUUUUUGCAAUGACGACAAGUCCUUCCUCUUUGGUAAUGUGCCUUAAAUAUGUUGCAUUUCCCUUAUACAGUAACUAUUACAUCAGCCUACUUCCUACAAUUCUGUUCUAUCCAAAUGCGGAGGGCAAAUCUAAGGCUUUCCUGUCAAAGAAUGAAAAAUGGUGCAGUUGAACACUAAAUUGUGGAUAUGCCUAGGUGAACCGACUAUUCACUACACAAUAUAAAGCUCAGCUUAUCAAGAAUGAUUUUGCAGACUGUUAAAGAUGGACCAAGGUCUGUCUGUUUUUCAAAGAUUUUACUGUUAGAGGGAGUAAAGACACUGAAUCAAUAGGAGAGCGUCUUUGAUGGAGGCACAUUCCUGCAGUGUAAGACAAAACAUCCUCCUAUGUCAAUGCCUUUCCUGCGCUACACACCUGCACUCUGUCCCCCACUGUGACAAGAUAGCCGUCAGACAGACUUCAGCAAAACCUUUUUUCAGGUUGGAAUAAUGCUGCAAUUACGAGAAAAGACCCCACUCUUUCCAUUUGUGUCUUACAGGAUAAUCAUUAUAAAACGUACAAGUUGUGUAUGGUUGUAUCAUUAUAUGUUAUGGGGAGCCAGUCCCCUAGUUUUCUAGAGAAUCUAACCCAGGUGUGAUUCACACAAAACUAUUGUUCUUUAAGCCACAGAAAAACAAAUAACUCACUCAAGCAUGUUUUUCACAGAGGAUAUCUGAAAAUGCUCCAGUCUUUUUAACAACAUCAGAGCAUGCCAAAAAAUGACAAUGCUGCCUUUAAUAGGUCUGGGAAACGUCCAAUCUUUUUUGAGAAUCUAAAUUAGUAUUCAGUCUGAUCAUUUAUAGUAUUUACAGUUACGCACACACUUAAAAUUAAACGCAAAAUAGUUACUCUGAGUGGGAUGACAUUUUGUCGUGCUAUUUCAAGCUAGUGUAGAUAUGAACGUUUGGGACAGGAUAUAGAAAAACACCCACAACUUGCCCACAUAACCAAAAGCUGACAAAAAUCUACAAUUUAACAAGCUAGCCUACACUUAAAAAAAAUGUUUUCUUGUAAGAGAGAACAAAGAAAGUGAUCUGAAUGGGUAUGAGCAAAUAAGGCUUCAUUAUACUUAUGACUCAGGGAGAGAUCUGCCAAGUACAUUUCAUCUGAAUUGUGCAUAAAUCUACCCUGAAGCAGAGGCAAAUAAAAAAGGCAUGACUAUUUUGCGGUCAGAGGUCAUCAAGUGGCAACUUAAGCUUGUACCAAUAACAAAUUAUAUGAGACUUUAUGGACCCUGAGACCCAAAGGAAAAUCUGGGAAUUUUGGAUUGUUUUAUAACAUUGUGAACUUGUAAAGUAAACAAAAAAAAAAAAAAGGAGAGGGAAAUCAGUAGAUUUCAGUGGAUUUUGCUUUUAGCAUCUGCUAAGAACAAAGUAGGAAAACACGUGGAAACAAUAAGAGUCAUGUCAUUAAAAGAAGGCUUCUUCCUUUGAAUCUCCCAUUCAAAGAUGCAAGCGUGUUUGUCGUAGGCCGGGAAACAUUUUUCAAUGAAUGGGAUGUACGCUGCUACUAUCACAGCUGCAUCCUGGGUAGCUGUUCAACUAAAGAAGAAAAAAACAUGUGGGUAUUACAGAGGAUAUAGUGAAACGUGUGUAGUUUAGUGCAUCUGCUCCGUGCGUACUGAAAGGAAUCUCCACUUCGUUGCUCUUCACAGUGACUGGUUACAGUGAGGGAGGGGGGGAGUGGUUUAAACUCACAGUUAGCUAAUCAGAGAGGCCAGGGCAGCUCAAACAAGUGGUUGGGGGCUCGAUGAAAAGCGAGCACAUGCAGUCUGGCACCGGUAACCUAAAGGGAAUGACACACUACCUCUAAUUCCUGAUGGCUUAUUCUCCUCUUACAACUUAGAAGUGAUUAAAAGGAAUCUGCAGAAACCUGAAGAGGAUUGUUUACACUUGGAUGCUGCCGGGGAAAGACAUCCAGGCACUGAGAGAAGAUUAAGGCCAACCUAAAAACUUUAUUUUAAGGUAAAUAACUCUACUAUGAAGAUGCUGAAUGUGCUAGUUUUAAGUUUCUGCCUUGGUCUGGGGACAGGAUACAGUGCUUUAGGUAAGAGACAAUAUCAGAUCCAAAACGGGCCGUGCAGCUACACCUUUCUGCUGCCUGAGCAGGAAAACUGCCAAACGCAGAGCAGCAACUAUCCGGUUCAAGAGGAUGGACCUGUGGACAACGAGGAGUCGGCUCAGAGGCUGGAACAACUGGAGAUCAUCAUGGAGAACAACACACAGUGGCUGCUUAAGCUGGAGAACUACAUACAGGACAGCAUGAAGCAGGACAUGGUCCAAAUCCAACAGACUGCUGUACACAAUCACACGGCUACCAUGAUUGAAAUCGGAACAAACCUGCUGAGUCAAACCGCAGAGCAAACAAGGAAACUGACCAAUGUGGAGGCACAGGUAAUUCGUCACACAACUCGACUUGAGCGUCAACUUCUUGAAAAUUCCUUGUCAACCAACACGUUGGAAAAACAACUAAUCAUCCAAACAAAUGACAUCAGCAAGCUGAAUGACAAAAACAGCUUUCUGGAGAAAAAGGUGGACGAGUUGGCGGAGCAGAGGCAGGUGGAGCUGAAGAUGCUGCGAGAUGAAAAAGACCAGCUUCAGACUCUGAUACUGAGGCAGACAGCCAUCAUAGGCGAGUUGGAGCAGCAGCUGCUCAAAGUCUCCUCCAACAACACCGUACUGCAGCGUCAGCAGCAGGAGCUACUAGACACCGUGAACAACCUCAUUCACACCAUCUCUGCUGGGUCAGCGCGGGAGAGCAAAACUGUCAUGAUGCAGGACACUCCUACCACGUUCAUGGACUGUGCUGCUGUCUUCAAGUCAGGAAACACCCAAAGUGGAGUCUACACUCUCACAUUACCCAACACUACAAUAGAGGUUAAGGCUUUCUGUGACAUGGAGACAGAAGGAGGUGGGUGGACAGUACUACAAAAACGCUUUGACGGCCAUGUUGACUUUCACCGUACGUGGCAGGAGUACAAAAAGGGGUUUGGAGACCCUUCGGGUGAAUUCUGGUUAGGAAAUGAAUUUGUCUCCAGACUGACAAUUCAACAGUCCUACAAACUGAGGAUCCAGCUGAGCGACUGGGAGGGAAACUCUGAAUUCUCACAAUAUGACCAAUUUUCUCUCAACAAUGAAGCACAAAAUUACAGGAUACACCUUAAAGGCUUCGGUGGAACAGCAGGCAAAAUAAGCAGCAUCGGGCAGCCAGGAAGUGAUUUCAGUACAAAGGAUGCAGACAACGACAAAUGUGUUUGCAAAUGUUCACAACUGACAACAGGAGGUUGGUGGUUUGAUGCCUGUGGUCCGUCCAAUUUGAACGGGAUGUAUUACCAGCAAGGCCAAAACUCAAAUCGCUUCAAUGGCAUCAAAUGGUACUACUGGAAAGGCUCGGGCUACUCACUGAAGUCCACUACAAUGAUGAUCAGACCAGCAGACUUCUCGGGUUCCCUUUGAACUGUCUCUCUCAGAUUAAACAGUGGGAAAAGGAAAUUCUGCACGACAAACAGCAACAAACAACAAAACCAAAAAUAAAAAGUAUCAAGGGAACCAAAGCACUUUUUUUUAUUUUUACAUACCUUUGGAAAGACAUAUUUUGUGCAUGUUUAUGUGUUUAAUAGUUUGAAUCAAAUGGGUUGUUGCAAGAAAUUGUGAAAUAUGGACUGUCAAAAUGGCAAAUAUCUAUACUGAAGUACUUAUAACUGUGGAAUACUGUAUGUAUAGAUAACUAUAGGUAUAGUGAUUACAUUGAGAUUAAUCUAAUUUCUUUAAAGAUUUUAAUUUAGUUCAAACAUCCAUUUAACUAUGUUUUGAAUAAUAGCUGCCUAUGUCAUUGGGAAAAAGAGACUAUGGUACAACAAGCAGGUAAACAACUGGCUCAAAGGGAUUGCUAUGUUUCUGCUGAAUGCCUAAAAUGUAAAUGAAAAUGUAAAAAUGCCACAGAAAAUGUUUCUCUUAAGAUAACCGUGUUUUUCUCCUGAGAAUGUAUGUACAUUUGUUGUUUAAUUUAUAUGUAGAUUUUAAGUUUGAUAUUUAACACAAUUAUAUAUGAUGGAGAUUUGUUACAGAUCUUAGAGUCCUAUCUAGUUAACGAUUUCAUUGCACAAACACUAAGAGGAAAAUAAUUCUGCAGUACCUUCCAACACACUUUAGGGAAUGUAUUUUUUUUAUUUAUGUAAUGUUUCUUUUAAAGCUUCAACAAGCUAAAUUUAUGAGAAAGUUGUACAAGUGAGGUAGCUGAAUCUCUUACAAGUAAACACUGGCUUUAGAUUUUCUCAAAGUGUUUGACUGUAAUGCUCUACCAGCUGUUAUAUACCUGAAGUUGAAUAUUGAACACUAAGGAAAAGAGACGUAAGCCUAAACUCGAAAGUCAUUUUCCACAAUAGUCCUGCUCUAUACUAUAACAAUGAAUAGCCUGGUGAAUGCACAAUUGCCAGAUCACUACAACUUUUUCAACAAUGUUUUAUAAUUUCAAGUACAAAAUAAAAAUUCUAAAUGCUCAAAAGUUUCAUUUUUUAUUGUUGCUUUU